GAGCCGUGGGGAAGCGGCGGGGCGGAGGGCGUUUGGAGAUGGGUGCCGGCGGGGAGCGGGACAGGCGUACGAGGUGGGGAGUGUGGCACCCACAGGCACUGCCCUUCGCUCGGGGACGCAGCGGCUGAAGCGGCUGCCUUGAACCCAGCCCGGGUGCGACGAUGAGGGGCAUCCUCGGCUUAAAGCGGCUGCGGCUCAAAAUCUGGCGGCGAUGCACCCUGGUGCUCCUCCUCCUUUGGGCUGCCUGCUGGAUGGUGGUGAGCGCCUUACUGUUCUUCCUCCACAGGAGCGUCUUCUCCGAGCGCUGCACAGACGAGAAGAGCCACCGGAUCCUGGCCAGGCUGUGUCUUGACUACAGCAGCGGAGUCCUGACUGGCGACCUCUGUGAAGACCUUUGUGUGGCACAAAAGCUGGUGUACAAACACUGUCUUUACUAUGACAGAGGUAAGAAGGUCAUCCAGGCUGACUGGAGAGGCCAGCCCAUCAUCCUGAAAUCCAAAAAAGAAAUCUUCUCCAGCUACCAGCAUCUAAGUAUCCUAGAGGAGGUGGAAACAGAGGAUAUUCCUGAAACAGAGCUUCUGCUGAUGGUAGCCGUGGAGGUAAAAAAUGUCCUGGGGCUAGAACUAUCCAACAACAGCAUGGGGCCUCUAUUGAUAAGGAAGAAGGGACCACAUUGGAAAGCACAGGUGGCCAGCAUGUGGUCCUUGCUCCAGCAGGAAGAAUAUAUCUACUUCAGUUUGCUGCAGGACUUCAGCAAACAUGUGCUACGAAUUAUUGGCUCUUGUGGACACUUUUAUGCUGUGGAGUAUCUUACAGCUGGACACGCCUGGCACAAAACUCUUUUUCCCUUGGAAAGUGUGGUUGGUCCCUCACUUGCUGGCCACAAAAGCAUGGUGAGAGCUGUCACUGACAUUGCACUCAGCUUUCUGGACAUGGUACAGCAUUUUGAUAAUGACUUCUCUCACCGACUUCACCUGUGUGACAUCAAGCCAGAGAACUUCGCUAUCAGGAACGAUCUCACAGUGGUGGCCAUUGAUGUGGAUAUGGCCUUUUUUGAACCCAAAAUGAGGGACAUCCUCGAACAGAACUGCACAGGAGAUGAAGAUUGUAAUUUUUUUGAUUGCUUUUCAAAAUGCAAUCUGAAAAUAAAAAAGUGUGGAGCACAGAGAGCCAAUAACAACUUGCAAGUGAUCUGUGACAAAAUAUUCCGCCGCUGGUUUUCCCCAACUCUCAGAGAAACGUCAAUUUCCCUCCCACUGCAGCUGCAGCUACAGCUACAGAAGGCUGUGCAGGAGUGUGCCAAGCCAGGACAUAGGGAUGAUGCUGGGCACCAGAGGACUUUGAAAUCUCUGUCUGAGUUGUACCACCUGCUUCGAGUCACUCAGCAAGAACUGCAAAGGGCAGAGUAGAUUCAAAAGGCAGAACUGCAAAGGCCACCUCCCAACCACUGCCGAUGGAUGCUGUGCAUAAAGCAGUCUGUGCUUUCUGUCUCUUUCCUAUCCCUUCUGCCUGUUGUAUCACACUUACAGCAGAGAGAUUGUUUCUCUCCCAUGCAAAUGCAGUUCGUGGCUGCAGGUGCAGCACGUCCUCUUAAUAUCCUUUCAAGUGUGAAAUUGUUUUGCAUUACCUGGAUUCUGUCCUUGCUUAUUUUCUGAGCUGGCACUAGCCCACUCCAUCAGCAUUCAGCACAUUGCUUACCAAGAGCUGUAGUCACUGCUCAGAUAGCAUCUGUCUGAAUGCAGUGCUCAGGGUGAGGAUGCAUUUAUAGAAGAAAAGUAUAAGUAAACACAGCAAAACUACUAUCAGUGAUUAAAACAGCAGGUGGGUGGUUGAGUGUGGGUAAGCACAUGCACAGUGUUUGUUUUAAUUUCUCUGUAGGAUGAGGUUAUUUGUAAAGUAGGGACAGGGUGCUUUGUAUGAUAAAAGAACCUUAAGCAGGGAAAUGUACUGGCACAUGAGUAAAGAGUUGCUUUUAUUCAAAGCAGUCCUCA